AUACUAUACUUUGCUUGUCGCUAUAUCGGUUGAAAAAUGAAAGUCAUAAUAGCCAUAUAUUGUGUCUUCCUGUUGCUAAUCUCAACGGCAAACGGGGCAAAAAAUAACACUGCGAAGGAUAGAAACAAUGCUCUAAGGACGCGCAUAUGCUCAGCGCGUCCCGAAUAUGGUUUUUGUGAAGGACAUCGCUCGUUAUGGUACUAUAAUCCCGGUCGAUCACGAUGCCAAUUAUUUGAUUACUCCAACUGUGGUGGCAAUCGCAAUAAGUUCUUCUCCGAAGAACAUUGUAUCAAUUUUUGUAAGAAAAAAAUCCUCAGCUAGUUUGCUUAUAUAUCAGAAUAAUCGUUAUACAUAUAUACAAAAGUAGCACAUUUGUAAAUAAAGCCCAAAAUAUGAAUAUCAAGAUCAAAUACAACAA